AUGGAUGGGGCAGCAGCUGCGGAAGACGCGAGCGCUUCGAGCAUGGGCUGGUAUAGAUGCGGCGGGCGCAUGGGCUUCCGCGUGCAGGAAGCGGAGGGCGUUCAAGGGCAUCUCGUGAUGGAGCGUCACCACAGCGGACGUGCAGAAGUGCUCUCCGCUCCCGGUGGAGGUGAGAAGGGCCGGUGUGACGACACUGCGGGCUUCCUGGAGCGCGAAGUGGGGCUGGACGUGGCUGCGUGCCUCAAAGCUGACGACGUGGACGCAGAGAGUCGCUGCCUCGGUCGGAGGAAACGUGCAGCUGGAGCAGGCGGUGCAGCAGGUAGCGCUCUUGCAGGAGCGGCUGCGACAGAGUUGUGCAAGGUGGCUUGUGGGGCGGCUACGCAGUGGCGACGGCUUGCUGCAGCCCCGCGUGGUAUGUGUGCACGCCUAGCUACGACAAAGGAGGACCAUGCAUGA